CACACAAACACAUGACAAGCUAUAUAGCCCAUAUGUCGUAUCGAUCUUCCCUAACUUUGAAAACUUUAUCAUAAGCUAUGCUGGAAACCAUGAUUAUAUCAAUUUCAGGCAGUAUGAAAAUCACAAACUUCGUUGUUUCAACAAAGAUUAAUUAUUGGCCUGAAUAUAGUAGUAGUUGUUCAUCACCCGUUCUAGUGGCAUACAAACCACUAAAAUCUACUUACGCUAUGAUGAUGACGAUAAAGAAGAAGAAGAAGAAGAAUAGGGUCGUCAGUAAUUGUAGCAAUAAUAAUGUGACGACAACAACAAAGAUUGUCUAUAAGGACAACUGGUUCGAUCGUUUAGCCAUCAAUUACGUAUCUCAAGCCUUGCAAAAUACAUCGGGGAUGAGAAAUGAGGAAAUCGGGUAUGAGAGUCUGGUGAUGGCAUCUCGAGCAGUGUUUCAAAACUUUGAUCUGAUCCACCAACGCCAACUUAUUGUGAAUGUUCUCUUGAAUGCUAUUCCUAGGCCUUUCAUUACCCUGUUUAAAAAGUUUUUACCUCCUUCAAAGUUUACAAGUGAGUCAUGUGCAGCAUUCACCUCUUUCUUCUUCCGUUGGCUCCUUGGUCCAUGCGAGGUAAGAGAGUCUGAGGUUGAAGGGAUUAAAGAGAAAAAUGUUGUCUACAUAAAGAAAUGCAGGUUUCUAGAGACGAGUAAUUGCGCAGGAAUGUGCACCAAUAUGUGCAAGAUACCAACACAAGAGUUUAUGAAGAACACUUUAGGCAUCCCAGUCAACAUGGUUCCAAAUUUUGAUGAUAUGAGUUGUGAGUAUAUAUUUGGCGACGAACCUCCAGCACUACAAGAUGACCCUGCAUUAAAACAACCAUGCUACAAACUAUGUGAUGUGAAACAUAAGCAUGAUACAAGCUGCAUGAGCUAGCCUAAUUCCCUAAAAAAAAAACUGAUGCUAUAUGAAGACCAAAAGGAACCAAAUUUGCCAAACAAUGACAUUUUGCCCAAUUUGUCAAACAAUGUAUGGAGCAAUAAAGAAGGGAAACAAAUAUGUCACACCAUUUCUAUAUAUAUGUGAGAUGCAAUGGACACAAUGUAACUUUCUAUUUAUUUCAGCCUGACACACAAUUUCACAUUC